AUGGCGUCGUCUGCCGAUGCGGUUAAACUCAAGGAUGAAGGCAACCAGCACUUGAAGGAGCACCGGUUGGCGGAGGCGGUGGCAAGCUACACCGCCGCCAUCGACCUCGACGCCACCAACCCGGUGUUCUUCCUGAAUCGCGCCCAGGCCCAGAUCAAGCUUGAGAACUACGGUCUCGCCGUGUUUGACUGUGACCAGGCAAUCGCGUUGGAUGACAAGUUUGCCAAAGCCUGGUACCGUAAGGCGGUGGCCCAGAUGGCCAUUUUGCAAUACAAGGAGGCGCAAGCCAACCUCAAGAAAGUGCUCGAACUCGUGCCCAAUGACCGGUUGACGUUGACCCACUUGAAGCAGUGUCAAGCCAUGAUCAAGCGUCAAGCGUUUGAGAAGGCGAUCGCUGGUGACGGUAAGAUCUCGGUACUCAAUCUGAUUGACUAUGAAGGUAUCCAGAUUGAAAAACUGUGGCAAGGGCGAUCGCUCGAUAUCACCGCCACUAAGGACCCGGAAACUAAGCAAGUGGUGGUGGACAUCAAGGGCUUGGACCGUGAAUACUUGAAGGAUAUGAUCAAAUUGUUCAAAGACGGUCAGCGGUUGCCGAAGCAGCACGUGUUUGCCAUCGUUGCCAAGGUGAACCAACUCUUACGCGAGGAAAACACCCUUGUCGAGCUUCACCAGCGUCACCCUAAGCUUAACGACCUGGUUCCCGAAGAUGCCAUCGAUCUUGGCCUGGCCAAGUUGACGGUGGUGGGCGACACGCACGGUCAAUUCUACGAUGUCCUCAAUAUGUUCGCUGAGUACGGUCCCGUGGACCCUGAGAACCACGCUUACUUGUUCAACGGUGACUUUGUCGACCGGGGGUCGUGGUCGUGCGAGGUGGCGCUCUACUUGUACGUGCUUAAGAUCCUCUACCCGAAACUGGUGUUCAUCAACCGUGGUAACCAUGAGACUAACGACAUGAACAUCAACUACGGCUUUGCCGACGAGUGCGAGCACAAGUACUCGAAGAAGGUGUACGAGGCGUUCGCCGAGCUGUUUGGGGCGUUGCCGUUGGCGACGUUGGUGAACCAGCUGUACCUUGUGAUGCACGGCGGUUUGUUCUCUGACGACAAGGUCACGUUACAAGACAUCAAAAAGUUGAACCGGCUCAAGGACGGCAACACUCAACCGCCCAAGGAAGGCAUUGCCAUGGAAUUGUUGUGGACGGACCCGCAGCCCGUCAACGGCCGCGGCCCGCUGAAGCGAGGUAUCGGCAUGCAAUUCGGUCCCGACAUCACCGAACGCUUCUGUCUCCAAAACAAGAUUCGCAAGGUUUUACGGAGUCACGAGGUCCGCAACGACGGCUACGAGACCGAGCACAAGGGCCGGUUGAUCACGGUGUUCCUGGCGCCCAACUACUGUGAUGCCACCGGCAACAAGGGGGCGGUGAUUGACAUUGACGCCGAUGACAAUUACAACCCUGACGAAGACGACGGCGAGGGCUACCGUAACCCCGACGUCAACUCGCCGUGGAAGUUGACCCCCCACCAAUUCGACGCGGUGCCCCAUCCCGACAUUCGGCCCAUGGCGUACACCAAGUCGAUGGGCUUCUAG